UACGCCAGUCGUCCUCUCGACCUGGAGUCAGACCAAAUUAGGCUCCUUGAGGUUCAUCAUGGCAGACGGGAAGAACUGAUCUACUGCAGUAUCCGCACCGUUUGUCUUCAGGAUCAACCCCUUUACGCAACGUUUUCAUAUGUCUGGGGCAAUCCGGGCUCCCGACGGGCGAUAUCUAUCGACGACCAGGCCUUGAUUCUAAGAUUGCUCGUGGUUACACUCGGAGAACAGCUCGUAUUCUGGAUUGACGCUAUUUGCAUCGAUCAGAGUAGCCACGCAGAACGUAGUCAUCACGUCGCCAUGAUGGGUGAAAUCUACUCGCAGUGUACCGAAGCUAUAGUGUGGCUUGGAGAA